CACCGCACCGUUUGCGUCCAAAGCAACCAGAUGAGGAAGAAACGCUGUCACCGCUUCGUAAAAACCAGUUUUUAUUGAUUCACUCUGUUUUUUAUGUGAAUAAAAUGCAAGGCACAGUUAUUCUGAGAGCCUUAAGAAUUGGAGUUGAAAGUUUUCAGCAAUUUGAGGGAAAUAUUGAUGAAUGAAAUGCAACAGCAAGAGGUGAGAGAAGAAGAGAAAAAGAUUGAUGGAAAGGCAGAGAAAGGGAAGGAGGAAAAGGAAGAGGAUGAUGAGAAGGCACCUCCAUUGAUGGCUCUGAACCACGUUUCAAGGCUGUGUAGAAAUGUGAAGGAAUCCAUAGAUUUCUACACAAAGGUGCUGGGAUUUGUUGUAACUGAGAGGCCCCAAGGUUUGGACUUUGAGGGUGCAUGGUUGUUCAAUUAUGGAGUCGGAAUUCACUUGGUGCAGUCGAAAGAAGAAGAUCAGAGAUUGCCUUCCGAUGCUCAACACUUGGAUCCUCAGGACAACCAUAUAUCUUUUCAGUGUGAAGAUGUUGAAGCAAUGGAGAAGAAGUUGAAGGAGAUGAACGUGAGGUACAUGAAAAGGAAUCUGGAGGCUGAAGAUGGAACGAGAAUGGAGCAGAUAUUCUUCAACGACCCAGAUGGGUUCAUGGUGGAGAUAUGCAACUGCGAGAAUCUGAAACUCGUUCCUGCUGAGUCACUCAGCAAGAUCAAGAUUCCAAUGGAUCGCCACACGCCACCCGUGGAGACAAAUCACACACAGUGAAAGUUUACUUUUUCAAAUACUUCUUCAUCUUGCUUCGUUAGCUUUCAUGCUGAGUUUAUGAAUCUGCUAUAAAUCUUCUUAACUCGAAUCAACUACUAUGUUUUAACGGCUCCAGAAAUUGUGUGUAUUUUGUUUUAGCACCGAUUACUUAUUUUA